CGCUGGUCAACAUCACAGCUUCAUAUGAAAACAACUCUCUGAUCUCUCAACAAGGAGCAACCAGCAUCGCUCAGCACAGCUACGAUACAAUGGCCAACAUAAUCUUUGCAGAGCAGGAAAAUGCACAUCUCCACGCACCUACACUUAAGAUGCGACAGCGACUUCAGUCUGCCCCAGAGAAACUUUUGAAAUCUCCUAUGAUUGCCAAAACCUUAAACACCCCUCUGCCAUCUGGUCGUAAGGCUUUUGGUACUGUCAACAAAAAAAACCUAACCCCGGCUGUCAACGUACAAGAGAAGAAACUACUAAAGCCACAGGAAACCCAAGUCAAUAAUGCUGCUCAAACCAAAGUGGAGGAAUAUCCAGAAAUUGAGAAGUUCAUCCCUUAUGACCCACUAGAGUUUGUGAAGUACAGCAUACCCGAAGACCUGGUUUGUGUCAGUGGCUUUGCUCUUCCUGGACUGGCCUGUUUCCCACAGGCUCCACAUCUGUGUGAGGAGGACCUGGAAAAGUUUGCUCCUCUCCCAGACCUGUCACCUGUAAAGAUGCCAAAACAUUCAGAUUAUUGCUCAGAGCUGGAUGCCUUUCUUCAAACACUUGAUGAGCUGACUAUUGAGCUUCCCCCAGAAUCCAUUACUGACUGAAUGUGAAUGCAUGUGUUUUUUUGUUGUUGUUUUGACUACAUUUUUAUUUUCACUGAAAUAAAGUUGUUUUUAUGUA